CAGAUCUUUGCUUGGGGAAAUGGUGGGAAUGGCCGCCUUGGAAUGACUGCUACAGAGAAGGGCUUUGGUUCUGAAAUCUGCAGCUCUUGGCCUCGGCCUAUUUUUGGCUCCCUUCACAAAGUCUCGGAUCUGUCCUGCCACGGUUGGCAUACCAUCCUCAUUGCCGAAAUGGUGGUUGCAUCGAAAACCAUUCGAUCAAACAGCAGUGGCCUGUCUAUUGGAGCUGCACACCAACCCCUUGUAUCUGACCCUCCUGAUGACCAUCCAGUUCCACAGGGCUCGACACUGGAGGAUGACUUCAGGAACGAACAGGAGGAUGAUGGGCAAAAUGGGAUGAAAAGAACAGCAGAGGACAGGCGAGGAAUUGGAAUGUUAAACCCACUCAAGUCUACAAGUAAUCUGACCGAGAGCUCCUGUCCUGAGUGGCUGUUACAGGAGUUGGAAAAUGCUGAGUUUAUCCCAAUUCCAGAAAGUCCUGGAGACCCGGCCAAGCUGCUGACAUAUUCCUGUCAGGAAACACUUCCAUAUGAGAAGCUGAAGGAAAUGAAGACUGCAGUGAAUCUGCCGGGUGAAUCAGAAAAAAGCAAGCUUCCCAUGGCAAAAAAUCCUGUUUCGGAGGACUGUUCCCACUUUGCGACAUCACCCUGCCUGUGUAGAGAUUUGCAAGAUGAAUUGGGGAGGGUGCAGCAGAUGCUGACACAGUGUUUGACUCAACAACAAAGUGAACAGGAAGAGCGGGAGAAGCUCAGUGCUGAGAUUCAGAGACUAAGCAAGGAAGUUGGGGCAGUGUCUCAGUUACAAGACAACCUGACAAAAAAGCAGAAAACUAUCGACUGUCUGGAAAAGCAGCUGCAAGUUCAGCUGGAGGAGAGUCACAGGCUCUGGUCUGCCAUUGAAGAGUUGAAAACCCGAAGAUUGGACAGUGACGGGAAGGAAAUGUCAGACUCGUUGGCUGUUCUGAGGGUGAAGCCUACAGUUAUUUCAACAUCUUGUCUGCAAUCUGCAAGUUCAGACAUUGACUCAAAGCCGGGCACAGAUUCCAGUCUAGACACUAGUCUUGCAGCCGCUUCUCCUUCUGGUUCUUUCUGUCAGAUUGAGUAGAGUUUGAAUGGCUGUGCCAUUGAGCACUCACAGCUUUCAUCCAGUUCUUCUGGGCUCCACUCAACUGGAAAACUGGCAAGGGCUUUUGCACCUGCCAGUGUCGGAGAAUUUGUGCUAUGUUCCUGCCCCACGCAGAAACUACCGAAAGCAAAUGGGUGAAUUAUAGGAACAGUGUUUUUCAAGAUAACAGUGCUUUGAGUAUUUUAACACCCAUUGGUUGAAGCAGUUUGACAGUGUGGUUUAUAUGGGUUGGUAUUGAGAGAAGCCAGCAGGGCUGUUGAAACACAUUUGCCUGUUUACUCCAAGUUGCGUACAAGGUGAGUUUGCUUAAGUGUUUAUCUUUCUAGGAAAUGGUCCAUGCCCAUUUGAUUUUAGAUGUGGGAAUGGGUCAGUUUGUAACUUCCAGUGCCUUAAAGCAGUAGAAUUUAGCCCAGUCCGUGGCACAGUCUAGUGCCUUAUAUCCAAUCAGUGUUUAUGAACAUUUUGCACAGAAGUCACGUCUACAGAGCCUUUGGGUGUAACAGUGAUAAGGGUGAAAUGCCUCACAGUAAUUACUUGCUGAACACUUCUGUCGUGGAUCUCUCCAAUAACUGCAAGGCAGAGGUAGGGAAGGGUUGUGUGUCUAAGCUGCAGUUCUGAGGCAGGAGUUGCAGGUACUGAGCUGGAAACUGAGUUGCAAGGAGAAAGAACAAAGCAUAAGGCCUGAAAUAAACAGAAGGUUCUGAAGAGUUACAGCAAUGCAGUUGGAUUAUGGAACGGAAGGAUUGAUGUUUGAGGUCUGCUGGGUUUGUGCCAGACUGGCAUCCCACCUCAAUCCCUGUUACUGGGGUAGUUUUCCCCAGUGUAGAGGGGAUACUGGGCAUCGGGGUCAUUGACAGAGCACCGCUGCCUAAAGAGUAUUGAGUAGAAAUCCUCUGUCAGUGGAAGCUUGCAUCACCUCAACAGAAGGAUCUUGCACAUAAAAUGCUGGCUUCAUUCCAGAAUAUUAGAGACAUGGGAUCUGGAAAGCAGUUGAAAUGAAUUUUUGGGAUUUGAUACUAACUCAGCAGGCAGGCAGUAUCUGUGGAGCAGAGUUAUCGUUUCAUGUGCACGUGACUCAAUAUGAAGAGCCAAACUGGACUUGAAAGGUUAAUUCUGCUUUCUGUUUACACAGAUGCUGCCAGACAUGCUGAUUUUCUGGUUAUUGUUUGUCUUGUUUCAGAUUUCCAGCAUCCCCAGUUCUUUAUUUUAUUCUAGGAUUAAAUGUGGCUGUGUGUAGGAGCUUCCUGGUGCCAUGAUCCAGGGUUCAAGUAAAAUGAGUAGGAUUCCAAUAGAGCCAUCUCUUUACAUGACCUGCAGCUGUAUACACAUUCCUGAACAGAUAUUAAUUGGGGUGCUGGAUCAUAAAUGCAGUUAUGGAUUCUUAGAUUCAGCAGACAAUUAGAAAUUAGAUGUUGAUCAGUCUGUAACAAGAACAAAUAGAAAAAGUUUGAUGUGGUGGGAUUCUGUAUGUUUGGAGUGAGUAGGAGGAGGUUUGGUUCAAUGAGAUUCUAUAAUUUGAAUGAGAUUUGCAUAAGGUGAAUAAGUGAUGCUGAUUUCUAAUGGGUGAUGUGUAUCUGUUACUGGUUGGUGUGUAAGUGUAAUCUAUAAGGCAGGAUUCAUUAAGAGAUUUUAGAGCUUUACUCCAAAUCAUCUACCUGCUUAUGCUGAUCCCAGAGAUCAGGUGUUAACAUACUGUGUUCAGGAGACUACAUUUGCCCUGAUCAAUGAAUGUGCUGUCAAGGAUGUGAAUUUGAGGGCAAGCUGGGGAGGAAAGUGAGGGUGAGAGGGUCAUGCGAGCAAUGGUAGAGAAAUAGGGAUGGAGGGUAAUAUUAAGAGGAGGUUGGGCAUGAAUUAGAUGGGGGAAGUAUUUGGGGAUUUGGGGAGUGAGACGAACUGUACGGUGUGUGUUGGGGGCAGUGAAGGAAUUAUUGGGCAUUAAUGAGGGAGGAUCAUUUUUGAGGUUGGGUUUUGGGGGUGGUUUAGAGGUGAUCCAGAGUGUAUUUAUGACAAAGAGAUACUUUUGAAACCUGAUUUCUGCUUGUGAGAUGUUUUGGUCACAAACCCUGAUUAUGAAAAUACCUGAGCCCUGGAUCCUCUCAGUUAGUUUAAUUUUUUGUAACUCAGCUGUUUCUGCAUUUUUCAACCCAGCUCCAGUGCUUCUGACAGGAUUCCCUGUAAAAAGCAUCCUGCGCAUGGCUUAUUGUUCGAAUUGAAAUGUUUAUGAAGCUGCUUACACUUUCUCCCUAUGUUUUACAUUAGCUCAGCCCCUCUCUGCUUCUGUUUAUUGCUCCUGACCACAACAGAUCUGGUUUACAAAGUCUCUAAACACUAAAUCAUGUCUGAACACUAAUUUUAUAUGCUUAAAAUCAUUUAGAAUAAAGGUGUAAUCACAAUAAAGUACUUUGGAUCUUG